AUGGAGAAUAUGAACAGCGUGACAGAGUUUGUCCCACUGGGACUCACAUAGAAUCCAAAGCUACAGAAAGUCAUACUGCUGGUUUUUCUGGUCAUCUACAUUGUCUCUAUGGUAGGGAAUGUGCUCACCUUGGUCACCAUCACAGUCAGCCCAUUACUGGUGUCUCCAGUGUACUUUUCCCUGGCUCAUCUCUCUUUUAUUGAUGCUUGUUACUCCUCUGUCAAUAACCCGAAAUUGAUUGUAGAUUCCUUCCAUGAAACAAAAACCAUCCCUUUCAAUGGGUGCAUGACUCAGCUCUUUGGGGAGCAUUUAUUUGCAGGUGCUGACGUCAUCCUCCUGACUGCAACGGCCUAUGACUGCUAUGUGGCCAUCUGCAAGCCAUUGCAUUACACCACCAUCAUGAACUGGCAGUUGUGUUGGCUGCUAAUUGGAGUGGUAUGGGUGGGAAGCUUUCUCCAUGCAACCAUACAGAUCCUCUUCAUCUUCCACUUACCCUUCUGUGGCUCUAAUGUCAUAGAUCACUUUAUGUGUGAUCUGAACCCUUUGCUUGAACUUGCCUGCUCUGAAACCCACACUCUAGGGCUCUUCAUUGCUACCAACAGUGGUUUCCUCUGUCUGUUAAACUUCCUCCUCUUGUUGGGCUCCUAUGGGGUCAUUGCGUGCUCCCUAAGGACACACAGUUUGGAAGCGAGGUGCAAGGCCCACUCCACGUGUGUUUCCCACAUCACAGCUGUCAUCAUAUUGCUUCUGCCUUGCAUUUUUGUGUACCUGAUACCAGUUUGGAGGCGAGCAACUACUUUUCCAAUUGAUAAAGCAGUUACUGUGUUUUAUACCAUGAUAACUCCCAUGUUAAAUCCCUUAAUCUAUACCCAGUAUAGAAAUGCCCAGAUGAAAAAUGCUAUUAGGAAUUUGUGUAAUAGAAAAGUGGUUUCAGGUGAUAGAUAG